AUGAGUUCAGCACCACAUAAAGAUAUUAUUGAUGCUGUUUUCAAAGAGGACUAUCUUCCAGCUGCGUAUCGUUGGGUAAACGCUAUGCAGCCAGAAGUUCUUAAUCUUUUUGAACGUGUUUUCAAGAGAUUAUCUGUUGAUGAAGGAGAAACAGGAGACUUAGAAAAAGUUAAGCAGAAAACAACAUUAACAGCUUCAAGAUAUACAAUUCCGGAAUGGAAACAGCUUCCAAUUAACGAAGUUGAAAAAAACGUCGAAGAUCGUGAUUCAGUUGACGCGCUUUUGAGAAAACCAACAGAGUCAAAUCUUACAUACACUAACUUCACAAAUGAUCAGCGCAAAGUAUGCAGAGCUGUUCCAACAAGAACUCGCGAUUCUGACAAAUCUCAAAUCAACUCUACCGAAAAUUCACCAGCAUAUAUCUCAAGAUGGGCUGAGCGCAACAUGAAGACAACAUAUAUCGUUGAUUAUUGCAGCGGCCAGACAGGUAGCACCAUCAAAAAUCAAACUGUUAUGCAGCAAGUACUUGUUUACUCAAAAGGCGUUCUAAAUGACAAGGCUAUGGAACGCGCACAAAAGUAUAUAGAUGUUGAUCCAAAUUGGACUCGUAGUUUCAGAGAAAUGUGCCGCAGCUUAACACAAUCUGCAGAUUCAACAGCAUAUCGUACAGCUCAUACAAUUGUUAAGAAGCCAGCUCCAGGUGAGCGCUAUGUUCAUCCAAAAUGGAGAGAUCCAAUUCCAACAGUCUCUCAAGGUGAAAAGCGUGCACCAGAGUCCUACUGGAAGUCUGAAGAGAAAACAGCAUACGUUCCUCUUAAGAAGCCAGAAGAGACAUUCAAGGCUGCUUCUCAGCAUAAGGCUUGUUAUUCUUGCCCAUUCGAUCAUACACCUCUUACAGAAAAUACGUUAACAACAACAAUGCGUGGAGAUUAUCCAGAUUAUCUUGCUAAUAAGGAUGAUCAUCCAUUAUACUUCCAAGACAUGAAAGUCGUUAUUCCACCUGGUACAGCCGCUGUUGGUGAAGUUAUUGGCAAGGGUGGUGUUCGUGGUUACUAA